GGUGCUUUUACUUUGCUGGGGAAGAGAAGGCCUGUAUAUGCGUAGGGAUAGUGUGUCUGCCAGAACAAACAGAUAGACCAAGGGUAAUCAUUCUGAGUAUGUUGCCUGUUAAAAACAAACCCAAAACGAUUUCUAGUUUACCUUCUUUAUUAUGCUCUUCUCCUUGUGUUUGCUCAGUUUAGAGCACUGGAGCAAUUUGUUCUUCUAGAGGACACCCCUGAAAUACAUUGUUUCUGACAAGGAGCAAGAAUCUAUUAAACAUUUGGCUUAUGCUUUUUGUAGAAGUUGACAUGAUGAUUAGGAGAUGUGAGAUUGUUUUCUUAACACACUGGAGUGCAAGAAUGGCAGGAGAGCUGGCAUGCCUGACAGAGUAUGGAGACUUCAUCUGUGUGUGGUUGCUUGAAGUUUUAGGAGUUGAGAGCUUUCCGCAGCUGUUUGCUGAUUUAAUUAGAUUUUUUUUUUUUUCCUGUCAAGAAAUCUGAAGGUCAGCACAUGCUUAGGAGAAUCUGUCUUUUAUGAUAAUUAAAUACCCACAGAUAGAUCUUUAAAAAUCAGUGGCGCACACUUUUUAAUGAUCUGUUGUGUUCAUUUCUGUGCUGGUCAGGAAAACAAACAACUAUAUUUUAAAAGCUUGUAAAUAGAGAGGUGGCUGUGUAUUGCAAGUGGCUGAAGUAUCUGUGGAAACGGAAUGUGGGUACUGUCUCAAAGCAAAGAUUUCUGCAUUUGCAAGAAUUAAUGACCAGUGUAGAAAUCGAGACUGUUUAUUAGGAGAUUGUUAGUGACCAGCAACGUACUAGCAAUUGAGCUGUGUGUGUACUAGUAUUUUCUUAAACUUUUCCCUGUGUGACUCAGCAGCAUGCUUCCCAGAGUUGGCUAGUUUGUGCUGUUACCUGGGUCCUGCAGUCACGCAGGUGGAAAAAAAUACCAGUAUGGUUCCUAGGUCAGCAGUAGUGUUGGUGUUGGUAUCUUGAUGGUUCUGGUAGCGCUGGCAAAAAGCUGUAAGGGAAGCAUUUACCGCAAGGCUUUACGCUGCGGUUCUGUGCAUCUCUUGUCUGGCUGUGUCGGUAGGGAAGCUGGAGAAAGGAAACAGUGGGGUGGUUCUUAGAGGAAUUAAAAAUCUUUCUAGGCAUGUUGGCUCAUUGCUUGGUUUUGCUAUUAUUUGUUUUGCUUUUGAAUUUCCUUACUUAAAAGACAUAUGUAAUAGCAGAUUAAAGAAGACUGCGGGGUUUUUUUUUUUUCAUCCCUGCAAGAGCUUUGAUUGUGCUUUCCUAGAAGUUGGAUGAAAAUCUAUUUUGUCCAAUGCAUGUGAAUAUUCUGGCUUAUGUUGAAAGUGUUACCUCAGCAGCUUGGUUUGGAAGGGACAGGUUCAACUUUCAGUUUGUGGUGUUUUACACAUACUAUGGGAAUUCAUUUGGGGGAAGAAUCACUGCAUAAUAUUGAAAAGCUCACUGAGAUAAGGACAUCUUGUACAAGUAUCCUGUUACUUAAAGGGCACUGAAUGUUCAUAGUACUAAAUAGAAUUUCUAAACAGAUGGUCAUAAUUAACAUAAAAUACAUCCACAGAUAGAGUCUAUUUGGUGUUCUAGUAAUUAUUUCAAUGGUCCGAUACUUUAGCAUUAAUUAAACUGUAGCACAGCCAACAACGGAAUCACAGUAAAAGAGUUACCAAAUUCAAAUGCGGAGGGGAGAUCUCAGCUUCCUCAAAACAAUUACUUUUUUUCCGUCAUCGGAGAAAAAAAAAAAAAUAGCAUGUUAAACAUGUAAUUAAAACAUUUGUGUAUUUGCAUUCUAAGAAGUUGCUAGGAGAAGCUUGUUCAUAGCCUUGAAGUGAACCAACUGGUCUCUAGGUUGCAUAGAAAGUCAACACCAUUGCACAUUGCAGGAAAGGGUGGGGCUGUUCAGCUCUUAGAAGCAGCUGUGAAUUUAAAUCUUCAUGACGAAAGCUUGAAUGUAAACGGUUUCGAUGAACUUAGGCUUGUUACCUUUUCCAAGAACAUGAGUUAUAUAAGAGGGGAUGUCUUUCAAAACAAUUCCUAUAAAUCCAUGUUGUAUUUGGACUGCAUUUAUGUAAACAGUUUGCAUGGUCCUGCUGUGCAGAGUGAGGUGCUCCAAGAGAAAAGACUAUUCUAAUAGCAAGCCAGCAGAGGUUGUUGCUUGCCUUAUUAUGAGUUUUGCCCUAAAUACCUGGAUUUUCUACACAUCAGAGAUCUUCCCACUGUGAGUUCAUGGAAGUGGAGUCACGUUGUUGUGCAAGGUAGAGAUGUGAAAAGCAAAACUGAAUUUGGCAGUCUCUACCCUUGAGGGCUCCAGUGGGUUCUUGGGAGAAAAGGGGGAAGUAAUGCAAGAGAAUCAUAAAACUAAACCUAGUCUCUCAUUCUUUUAGUGUUUUCUUAUGAUUCUUAACUUUUCUUAAUUGAUUCGACUUUUAUGGAAAGAGAAAAUACAUCUUUUUUUUUAAAAAAAAAAAAAGCAAAGCUGUGUUUAGUUUGGUGGCUGAUUAAGUCUGAAUAAGAUCUGCAGAAGGAAGACAUUGUUCUACUUCAAGUGAAAAUAACAUCUUAGGUCUGCCCAUCAAAAAAAAUAUAAAUUCUGUGUCUUCUCCCCACCCCAGGCCUGUUCUACAACUAGGGAGAGCUCUGAGGGGGUUGAAAACUUGAGGUUAGAUUAGAUAGUGUGAGAGAUGGUUACUGUGAUUCAUGCCUUUGUGUUUUCUGUGCCAAUAAAUGUCUUCCUCUUCCUACACUAAAGGUGUAUUUAAUCCUGUGAGAAGAACUUUAAUGCCAUUUGUUGUGAAUAGGUUUGAUUUCAACAUAUGGUAGUCUGCGUUAAUUCAGUUCAUGAGCCUUUUUUGGUACAACUAUUAAACUAAUACAAAGUUAGGGUUUUCGAGUACGACAUACGGAUUUGGUUUUAUUCUGUAAGGUAUUGAAGUGGUGGGGUGUUUUUUUUAAUUAAAAAUCAUUCUGAAUUACCAGAAAGCAUGUUUUAAAUACUCUGUUAUUCACUUACAGCUGCCAAAACAUAGUACAGUGAAAUAAUGGUCUUCUAGCCUGCUAAACAAGUGUCCAGCUUCCGCAAUGCCUGUGCAGGCAGCUCAGUGGACAGAAUUUCUGUCCUGCCCAAUCUGCUACAACGAGUUUGAUGAGAAUGUGCACAAACCCAUCAGCUUAGGCUGCUCUCACACUGUCUGUAAGACCUGCCUGAACAAGCUUCAUCGCAAGGCAUGUCCUUUCGACCAGACUGCCAUCAAUACAGACAUCGAUGUGCUUCCUGUAAACUUUGCACUCCUCCAGUUAGUUGGAGCCCAGGUACCUGAUCAUCAGACAGUAAAAUUGAGUAAUGUAGGAGAGAACAAACAUUAUGAAGUAGCAAAGAAAUGUGUUGAGGAUUUGGCACUCUACUUAAAGCCCUUAAGUGGAGGAAAAGGUGUUGCAAGCUUGAAUCAGAGUGCACUGAGCCGUCCUAUGCAAAGGAAGCUUGUGACACUGGUGAAUUGUCAGCUGGUGGAGGAAGAGGGCCGGGUUAGAGCUAUGAGAGCAGCUCGAUCGCUGGGAGAGAGAACGGUUACAGAACUGAUCUUGCAGCACCAAAAUCCUCAGCAGCUUUCGGCCAAUCUUUGGGCUGCUGUCAGGGCACGAGGAUGCCAGUUUCUAGGACCAGCUAUGCAAGAGGAGGCACUGAAACUUGUAUUACUGGCACUGGAAGAUGGCUCUGCACUGUCAAGAAAAGUUCUGGUACUUUUUGUUGUGCAAAGGCUAGAACCAAGAUUUCCUCAGGCCUCUAAAACGAGCAUUGGUCAUGUUGUGCAGCUACUGUAUAGAGCAUCAUGCUUUAAGGUCACUAAAAGGGAUGAAGAUUCUUCUCUGAUGCAACUUAAAGAAGAGUUCCGGAGUUACGAGGCUUUGCGGAGAGAACAUGAUGCCCAAAUUGUUCACAUUGCCAUGGAAGCAGGACUUCGAAUAUCACCAGAACAAUGGUCCUCCCUUCUCUAUGGUGACUUGGCACAUAAAUCACACAUGCAAUCUAUUAUUGACAAGCUCCAAUCUCCAGAAUCUUUUGCAAAGAGUGUACAAGAGUUGACAAUUGUCUUGCAGCGCACGGGGGAUCCUGCAAACUUAAACAGGCUGAGGCCUCAUUUAGAGCUCCUGGCAAACAUAGAUCCAAAUCCAGAUGCAGCAUCUCCAACAUGGGAGCAGCUGGAAAAUGCAAUGGUUGCUGUAAAGACUGUGGUACAUGGGCUGGUGGAUUUCAUUCAGAAUUACAGUAGAAAAGGCCAUGAAACUCCACAGCCACAACCAAAUAGCAAAUAUAAAACAAGUAUGUGCCGAGACCUUCGACAGCAAGGGGGAUGUCCAAGAGGAACAAACUGUACAUUUGCUCAUUCCCAGGAAGAGCUUGAAAAAUACCGCUUGCGGAACAAAAAAAUCAGUGCAACAGUGAGAACAUUCCCCCUUCUAAACAAAGUUGGCGUAAAUAGCACCGUCUCGACCACAACAGGAAACGUAAUUUCUGUCAUAGGAAGCCCUGAAGCAACAGGGAAGAUGGUGCCAAGUACUAAUGGAAUAGCUAACCUAGAAAGUGGUGUUCCCCAGUUGAUCCCUCGCUGUGCAGACACCUCCUUGAGAGCUUUGGAGAACACCAAGAAGGGAGGGAAGACUGGAGCCAAUGGCCAGAAUGUUUCUGGAUCCCCUACAGAAUCACUACCUGAAAAUAAAAUUGGUUCUCCACCCAAGACUCCUGUAAGUCAGGCAGCAGCUACCUCAGCUGGUCCUCCUAAUAUUGGAACAGAAGUUAAUUCUGUGCCUCCAAAAUCCAGCCCGUUUGUUCCCAGAGUACCUGUCUACCCUCCACAUUCUGAUAAUGUUCAAUAUUUCCAAGAUCCCAGGACUCAGCUGUCGUAUGAAGUUCCACAAUACCCACAGACAGGAUAUUAUCCACCACCUCCAACAGUACCAGCUGGUGUGGCUCCCUGUGUUCCUCGCUUUGUGAGGUCCAAUAACGUUCCAGAAUCCUCCCUCCCACCUGCUUCCGUGCCAUAUGCCGAUCAUUACAGUACAUUUCCCCCUCGAGAUCGACUGAAUUCUCCUUACCAACCUCCUCCUCCGCAGCCGUAUGGACCAGUUCCUCCUGUCCCUUCUGGAAUGUAUGCUCCAGUUUAUGACAGCAGGCGCAUCUGGCGCCCACAGAUGUACCCACGAGAUGAUAUUAUUAGGAGCAAUUCUUUACCUCCCAUGGAUGUGAUGCACUCAUCUGUCUAUCAGACAUCAUUACGUGAGAGAUACAACUCUUUGGAUGGGUAUUACUCUGUGGCUUGUCAACCUCCAAACGAACAGAGGACUGUGCCUUUACCAAGGGAGCCUUGUGGUCAUUUGAAGACUGGUUAUGAUGAGCAGUUAAGACGGAAGCCGGAGCAAUGGGCGCAGUACCACACACAGAAAACUCCUCUGGUAUCGUCAGCCCUUCCUAUGGCAACACCAUCUCCAACACCACCUUCUCCUCUCUUCAGUGUAGAUUUCAGCACAGAGUUCUCAGAGAGUGUCAGUGAUUUGAGUGGAACUAAAUUUGAGGAAGACCAUCUCUCUCACUAUUCACCGUGGUCUUGUGGCACUAUUGGCUCCUGUAUAAAUGCUAUCGACUCGGAGCCCAAGGACGUGAUUGCCAAUUCAAAUGCCGUGUUAAUGGAUUUGGACAGCGGGGAUGUUAAAAGGAGAGUGCAUUUAUUUGAAACUCAGAGAAGGGCAAAGGAAGAAGAUCCUAUAAUCCCAUUUAGCGAUGGACCGAUCAUCUCCAAGUGGGGUGCAAUCUCCAGGUCAUCCCGCACGGGUUAUCACACGACAGAUCCUAUUCAGGCCACUGCUUCCCAAGGAAGUGCUACUAAGCCCAUCAGUGUAUCAGAUUAUGUCCCUUAUGUCAAUGCUGUUGACUCAAGAUGGAGUGCCUAUGGCUCAGAUUCUAAUUCAUCAGCACGUUAUGCAGAGCGGGACAGGUUCAUAGUUACAGAUUUGUCUGGUCACAGGAAGCAUUCCAGCACUGGAGAUCUAUUGAGUAUUGAAUUACAGCAGGCCAAAAGUAACUCGUUAUUACUGCAGAGAGAGGCGAAUGCACUAGCCAUGCAACAGAAGUGGAAUUCUCUAGAUGAAGGCAGUCGUCUUACCUUAAAUCUUUUAAGCAAGGAAAUUGAUUUGAGGAAUGGUGAGACUGAUUAUACUGAAGACUGUGCAGACACAAAGCCAGACCGAGACAUUGAAUUGGAGCUGUCAGCCCUUGAUACAGAUGAACCUGAUGGGCAAGGUGAACAAAUAGAAGAGAUUCUGGAUAUACAGCUAGGUAUCAGUUCUCAAGACGAUCAGCUGCUCAAUGGAACAACUGUAGAGAAUGGGCACCCACUAAAGCAGCACCAGAAGGAAUCUAUGGAACAGAAGAGACAAAGUUUAGGUGAAGACCUUGUGAUUCUGGAGGAGCAGAAAACAAUCCUGCCCGUAACUUCUUGCUUCAGUCAGCCGAUCACAACAUCUGUUAGCAAUGCAAGCUGCCUGCCCAUCAGCACAUCAGUCAGUGUUGGCAGCCUCAUUUUGAAAACUGCUCACAUUAUGUCUGAGGAUAAAAAUGACUUUUUAAAGCCUGUUGCAAAUGGCAGGAUGGUUAACAGCUGAAAGGCAUUCAUCUUUCCAGCUUGUGACCACACCAUGGAAGCAUUUACACUAGCUUUUUAUAUAUAUAAUAUAUAUUAUAUAAUGUAUAUUUUUUUUAAAAAAAAUAAUAUUGGGGUCAUGCAUUUCCUGUGGACUCUUUGAUACUUCAAGCCCCUCUCGCAUUAGCAUUCUGAAGAAAAAAAAAAAACUUACUUUACUAGGGUAAGGCGUUCACUUUCCACAAAUGAAUGGAAUUUGGACAUUGAUUUACUUAAGCUUAAAGCAGCUUUUUAUGAGUUUGUAGCAAUCCGGUGCGGUAUCUGAGCCAUUCUUGUUUAAAAUGGCUUCUGUAGAAAACUAACAACUCAGUUAUUUAAACUAGCAGGAUCCUACGAUGAUACAUCUAGUGAAAGGAAGACUAACUUAUUUGUCUCUAUUUUGUUUCAUGAGAGAAGAACUUGUGUCUUGUUGCAGCUGCUUUUUCUUUAGUUGUGGAACUUUGCAUGGAGUAUUGUUUCCUGUUUGAAGACUGAGAGGUGGAGAUUUGGACUUGAGACUUUUACAGGGUUAACACACCAUUAGCUUUGCACUGCUACGUUAUUUGCAGGUCUGUGGUGCAGUGCUUUGCUGCAGCUUUUUGUUUCCAUUCCCCCCCCC